UCCCCAGGGGCCUGUACACAGCAGGCGGUCCAGCAUGGUUUGAUGGAAAGCUGCAGGGUGCCUGGAGCUGGGAGGAGAGCCCUGGGCGCGAUCCACAGCCCCGCAGGUGCAGCUCCCCGCGUGUCCCCAGGCCUACACCUUUCCGACCCUCCCCUAUGCCUUGCAGGUCAGCCAUGGCGGCUCCCCGGCUGCCGCUGCUCCUGUUGCUGGGCGCGUCAUGGUCAUGGUCGUGGUCAUGGGUACGGGCCGGCGCCCCCCGCUGCACCUACACCUUCGUGCUACCCCCGCAGAAGUUCACGGGCGCAGUGUGCUGGAGCGGCGCCGCGGCCAGGGCGCCGGGGGAGGCGGCCAACGCCAGCGAGCUGGCUGCGCUGCGGCUGCGUGUGGGCCGGCACGAGGAGCUGCUGCGAGAGCUGCAAAGGCGAGCCGCGGCCGACGGCGCCGUGGCCGGCGAGGUGCGCGCGCUGCGCAAGGAGAGCCGCGGCCUGAGCGCGCGUCUGGGCCAGCUGCGCGUCCAGCUGCAGCACGAGGCGGGGUCGGCGCCAGGGCCAGGGCCUGCAGCCACCGCUGCCACCACGGCCACCACCGCCACCCUGGCCCUGCUCGCCGAGCGCGUGCUCAACGCGUCGGCCGAGGCGCAGCACGCGGCCGCCCGCUUCCACCUGCUGGACGGCAAGUUUCGCGAGCUGGCGCAGCUGGUCAGCCAGCAGAGUGGCCUCAUCGCCCGCCUGGAGCGCCUGUGCCCCGGGCAGCAGCAGCAGCAGCAGCAGGUCCCGCCGCCACCCCUGAUACCCGUCGUGCCCAUCAGCCUGGUGGGUGUUGGUACCAAUCACACAAGCAGGAAGCCGACUCCAGCCCCGGAGGUGCAGACUCUGCGGCAGCAGGCACCCCUGGCCUCGCCUGUGGCUGCAGAGCCACCUGCUGUCCCCACCAAACCUGCAGGCCCGUGGCAGGACUGUGCGGAGGCCCACCGGGCAGGCCACCGGCAGAGCGGGGUGUACGAGCUGCAGCUGGGCCGGCACGUGCUGUCGGUGUGGUGCGAGCAGCAGCUGGAGGGCGGAGGCUGGACGGUCAUCCAGAGGCGCCAGGAUGGCUCGGUCAACUUCUUCACCACGUGGCAGCAGUACAAGGUGGGCUUUGGGCGGCCUGACGGUGAGCACUGGCUGGGCCUGGAACCGAUACACCAGCUCACCAGCCGGGAAGACCACGAGCUGCUGGUGCUCAUGGAGGACUGGGGAGGGCGUGGGGCCCGCGCCCGCUACGACAGCUUCUCCCUGGAGCCCGAGAGUGACCACUACCGCCUGCGGCUCGGCCAGUACCACGGCGAUGCCGGAGACUCUCUUUCCUGGCACAAUGACAAGCCCUUCAGCACCGUGGACAGAGACCGAGACUCUUAUUCUGGGAACUGUGCUCUCUACCAGCGCGGAGGCUGGUGGUACCACGCCUGUGCCCACUCCAACCUCAACGGUGUCUGGCACCGUGGCGGCCACUACCGGAGCCGCUACCAGGAUGGGGUGUACUGGGCAGAGUUCCGAGGCGGCGCGUAUUCACUCAAGAAGGUGGCCAUGCUGAUCCGGCCGCUGAGGCCGUGAUGGC